AUGAAACCUCUUUGGUUUUCGCUUCUCAUCCUCGUCCCCUACUGCAUUGGACAACGUCUCACCAGGGAAUAUUGUGUCAAAAGAGUCAACGGUUUCCGAGCUGAAUUGGCUAUGGAGCGUCAAGUUGCCAAUAUGAACGAGUUGGUGUACAAUCAAACAUUGGAAAAGAAGAUUCUGGAACAACUGUCGAUUAUUAAUAGAUGCCCAAAAAGAGGAAUGACAAUCACUCAUGACGGUUUCAAUAUCUAUUUGCCUGUCAAUGAUUCCUCCCCAAUUUCUGGAACUCCAGGCUCCCAAUGCCCCGCUGGAAGAUCUUCUGGUUCGGACAACUUAUGUAGCCUUGGAAAACCUAAAGUACACAGUGCUUAUAUUCGUAAAGGGUCUCGUGACAUUCUUAAGUUUUCUGAUGAAAGCCAAGAGAAAUCAAAGAAUCAAUAUGUCCGGAAAAAUGUACUUGGAGACUAUCCUGAUGCACUUAAGAAUGGUAUACUGGUCUCCUACGGCCCCCUUCCUCCGACGAAUAAAGGCGCUUACAUGCGAAAAAGUGGAUGGGACUCACAAUCAGAAUGGAAAUCUCAGAAUGAAGAAUUCGGUGGUAUUUCUGAUGUGUGGGUAGAUGGUGGUUCUGAUUACUCGCAAGAAGCUGACAAUGAUUUCGAAACCACAGAAGACCCUCUGGAUCAGAGUGUUCUCGGCUCUCGUGAUGCCGAAAAACCGGUUUACACUACUACUGAUUCUUAUGAUGAUGAUGAUGAUGAUGAUUGGUUCAUAGUAGUUGACAAUGAUUUCGAAACCACAGAAGACCCUCUGGAAGGCCUUCUGGAUCAUGUUCCCGGCUCUCCUGAUGUCGUAAAACAGGUUUCUACGACAACUGAUCCUCAUAAUGAUGACAAUGAUGAUGUCUGGUUUUUGCCUUUUGAGGCAGAAGUUGACAAUGAUUUCGAAACCACGGAAGACCCUCUGGAUCAGACUGAUUCCGGCUCCCCGGAUGUCGAAAAACCGGUAUUUACUACGACCACUUUUCCCAAGAAUCAUUAUGCGUCACAUGUAGGCCCUCUUGAUGAUGAUUUCUUGGAUGCGGCAGCAGAAGACUAUGAUUUCGAAACCACGGAAGACCCUCUGGAUCAAAGUGCUUCCGGGUCUCCUGCUGUCGAAAAACCGGUAUUUACUACGACCCCUUUUCCCAAGGAUAAUUAUGCGCCAUAUAUAGCCGAACUCUCGGCUGCAAGUAAAGAGUUGUUUAAAGCAGCAGAAAAGUGA